AUGUCGCGAGGUGGUCGAGGAAGAGGCCGUGGCGGCGGUGGCGGUGGUGGUCGAAAAGGCCCUCUGCCUCCCGAGUUGGACUUUGAAGACGACGACGACAUUUCUCUCUCGCCGACCGAGAAGAAGCCCCAGGCACUGUUUCCGGAUAUCGACCUCCCCGUCCCUCGCCCGCCCACGUCCCGCGAACUCGCAGCCGUCAGCCGCUACCUGUCCUUCCGCACCCGUGCGCGCAAUGGGCCCUACUUCGCGACUCUCGACCCCAGCAGCAUCGCGGACGAAAAGACGGGCAAAACGCUCAAGCGUGCGGGAUUUGACCCCUUCAACGAUCAGGAAAAGUACACGGCCAAAUAUCACAAGAAGAAGAGGACUCUGCCGGACUUGAAGGGAAGCGGGAGAGACUAUGCAUUGAAGCAUUUCCCGCACGAGCUCUGGCCCCUCCUCGAUCCGGACAAGAAGAGUGCGCUCUGGAAGUCUGCCGACAUCGACAUCGACGUGGCGACGAAUGUCCCGAAGCACAAAUCGCUGAAGCGGAAGCGCGACUCCCUCCUCCUCGAAGACGACGAGGAAGGCGAGGACGCCGCCACGGCGGCCAAGGUGGCCGACGACGACGGUGACGACACCGACGACUCGGACCCGCUUCUCCCCGCGUCCCGUCGUGCUCGGACGGCACGAGCGGCAAAGAAGAAGAAGCGGCGCCGUCGCGAGACCGAAUCGCGCGAGAAGCGCGGUCUGGACGCCGAAGACGAUUUCGGGCCGACCGAGAAAAAGAGCCGGUCCCUCAUGGAGAGCCUGCGCGCCAAAGAGAGAAAGCGGCAGAAGCAAAAGUCUGGCGGCCCGGGCGGAGAGUCGGACGAUGACGAGGAUGACGACGACGACGUGCCCGAUGCUCCGGAUAACGACGACGAGGACGCGGGCGACGACGACGACGAUGACGACGAUGACGAUGAGCCUGUGGAUUCCGAGUUCGAGGAAUCCGACGAUGGCGAGGCCGACGACUACAAUGCCGAGAACUACUUCGACGGCGGAGAAGGGGACGAUGACGAUGGUUUCGCCUAUGGCGGUGGAGGCGGCGACGAAGGGGGUGAAUAUUGA